AUGGAGACGUUAGAAACUCAUCUAUCUAUCUAUGCAAUCAGUUCAUUAUUUAUCUAUUUAGAAAUCUAUCUAUCCAUUAUACAAUUACGGGUAUUAUCCAUUAUCUAUCUAUCUAUCUAUCUAUCUAUAUUAUCAAUCUAUCUAUGCAAUCUAUCUAUCUAUCAAUUACGUUCAUUAUCUAUCAUUCUAUCUAUCUAUACACCACGUUCAUUAUCUAUUUAUUCAUUAUCUAUCUAUCUAUUCAUAUCUAUCUAUCUAUCUAUCUAUCUAUCUAUCUAUGCAAUUACGUUAUCUAUCUAUCUAUCUAUCUAUCUAUCUAUCUAUCUAUCUAUCAUUCAAUCGUUCAUUAUCUAUCUAUUUCAUUAUCUAUCAUCAAUCAUAUCUAUCAUAUCUAUCUAUCUAUCUAUCUAUCUAUCUAUACAAUUACGUUCAUUAUCUAUUUAUCUAUCAUCUAUCUAUCUAUCUAUCUAUCUAUGCAAUUACGUUCAUUAUCUAUCUAUCUAUCUAUGCAAUCAUGUUCAUUAUCUAUCUAUCUAUCUAUCUAUCUAUACAAUUACGUUCAUUAUCUAUCUAUCUAUCUAUCUAUCUAUCUAUCUAUCUAUCUAUGCAAUUACGUUCAUUAUCUAUCUAUCUAUCUAUCUACAUUCAUGCAAUCAUAUUAUCUAUCAUCUAUCUAUCUAUCAAUCAUCAUCUAUCUAUCUAUGCAUUACGUUCAUUAUUCAUCUAUCUAUCCAAUCAUCUAUCUAUCUCUAUCAAUCUAUCUAUGCAAUUACGUUCAUUAUCUAUCUAUCUAUGCAAUCAUGUUCAUUAUCUAUCUAUCUAUCUAUCUAUCUAUCUAUCUAUCUAUCUAUGCAAUUACGUUCAUUAUCUAUCUAUCUAUCUAUCUAUCUAUCUAUCCAUCUAAUGUCCACAUUCAUCAUACAUGCAAUCAUGUUCAUUAUCUAUCUAUAUCUAUCUAUCUAUCUAUGUUCAUUAUUCAUCCAUCUAUCUAUCUAUCAUCCAUCUAUCUAUAUCUAUCUAUUAUAUCAAUCUACUAUCUAUAUCUAUCUAUCCAUCUAUAAUCAUGUUCAUUAUUCAUCUAUCAUCUAUCUAUCUAUCUAUCUAUCUAUCGUUCAUUCUCAUUUAUCUAUCUAUCUAUAUCCAUACAAUUACGUUCAUUAUCUAUCUAUCUAUCUAUCUAUCUAUCUAUCUAUCAUUAUCUAUCUAUCUAUCAUCAUGAUCUAUACAUUCAUUAUCUAUUCUAUCUAUCUAUCUAUCUAUCUAUGCGUUCAUUAUCUAUCUAUUUAUCAUUUCUAUCUAUCUAUCUAUGCAAUAUCUAUCUAUCUAUCAAUAUACGUUCAUUAUCUAUCUAUCUAUGCAAUCUGUUCAUUAUCUAUCUAUCUAUCUAUCAUGUUCAUUAUCUAUCUAUCUAUCUAUCUAUCUAUCUAUAUACGUUCAUUAUCUAUCUAUCUAUGCAAUUACGUUCAUUAUCUAUUCAUCUAUCUAUCAAUCAUGUAUCUAUUCAUCUAUUCAUUCAUCUAUCUAUGCAAUCUAUAUCUAUCUAUCUAUCAUUAUAUAUUAUCUAUCAUAUCUAUCUAUCUAUACAAUUACGUUACGUUCAUUUAUCUAUCUAUCUCAUUCAUUCCAUUCAUUAUCAUUAUCUAUGCAAUCAUCUAUCUAUCUAUCUAUUCUAUCUAUGCAAUUAUGUUCUAUUAUCUAUCUAUCUAUCUAUAUCUAUCUAUCUAUCAUGUUCAUUAUCUAUCUAUCUAUCUAUCUAUCUAUCUAUGUUUCAUUAUCUAUCUAUCUAUCUAUCUAUCUAUUAUUCAAUUACGUUCAUUAUCUAUUAUAUCUAUGUUCAUUAUUAUCUAUCUAUCUAUCUAUCUAUCUAUCUAUCUAUCUAUCAUUAUCAUUAUCUAUCUAUCUAUCUAUCUAUGCAAUCAUGUUCAUUAUCUAUCUAUCUAUCUAUCUAUCUAUCUAUCUAUCUAUCUAUACAAUUACGUUCAUUAUCUAUCUAUCUAUCUAUCUAUCUAUCUAUGCAAUUACGUUCAUUAUCUAUCUAUCUAUCUAUCUAUGCAAUCAUGUUCAUUAUCUAUCUAUCUAUCUAUCUAUCUAUCUAUCUAUCUAUCUACAAUUAUCCAUCGUUCAUUAUCUCUAUCUCAUCUAUCUAUCUAUCUAUCUAUGCAAUCUAUGCAAUCAUGUUCAUUAUUCAUUAUCUAUCUAUCUAUAUCUAUGCAAUCUAUCUAUGCAAUUAUCUAUCUAUCUAUCUAUCUAUCUAUCUAUCUAUCUAUCUAUGCAAUUACGUUCAUUAUCUAUCUAUCUAUGCAAUCAUGUUCAUUAUCUAUCUAUCUAUCUAUCUAUCUAUCUAUCUAUCUAUCUAUCUAUGCAAUUACGUUCAUUAUCUAUCUAUCUAUCUAUCUAUCUAUCUAUCUAUAUCUAUGCAAUCUAUUCAUCUAUCUAUCUAUCAUCUAUCUAUUAUUCAUUAUCUAUGCAAUCAUGUUCAUUAUCUAUCUAUCUAUCUAUCUAUCUAUCUAUCUAUCUAUACAAUUACGUUCAUUAUCUAUCUAUCUAUAUCUAUCUAUCUAUCUAUCUAUCUAUCUAUCUAUCUAUGCAAUUACGUUCAUUAUCUAUCUAUCUAUCUAUCUAUCUAUGCAAUCAUGUUCAUUAUCUAUCUAUCUAUCUAUCUAUCUAUCUAUACAAUUACGUUCAUUAUCUAUUUAUCUAUCUAUCUAUCUAUCUAUCUCAUGUCCAUAUUAUGCAAUCAUUGUUUAUUCUAUUAUCUAUCUAUCUAUCUAUCUAUGCAAUCAUGUUCAUUAUUAUCUAUCUAUCUAUCUAUCUAUCUAUCUAUCUAUCUAUGCAUCUAUGUUCAAUUAUCUAUCUCAUCAUCUAUCUAUCAUGUAUCUAUUAUCUAUCUAUCUAUGCAAUCAUGUUCAUUAUCUAUCUAUCUAUCUAUUCAUUAUCAUUAUCAUUUAUCUAUCUAUCUAUCUAUCUAUCUAUCUAUCUAUCUAUCUAUCUAUCUAUCUAUCCAAUUACGUUCAUUAUCUAUUUAUCUAUCUAUCUAUCUAUCUAUGCAAUUACGUUCAUUAUCUAUCUAUCUAUUCAUGUUCAUUAUCUAUUCAUCUAUCUAUCUAUCUAUGCAAUUACGUUUCAUUCUAUCUAUCUAUCUAUCUAUCUAUCUAUCUAUCUAUCUGCAAUCUAUCUAUUGUCUAUCUAUCUAUCUAUAUCAUUAUUAUAUCAAUACAUUAUCUAUUCAUCUAUCUCAUCUAUCUAUCUAUCUAUCUAUCAAUUGUUCAUUCAUUAUCUAUCUAUCUAUCUAUCUAUGCAAUUACGUUCAUUAUUAUCUAUCAUGUUCAUUAUCUAUCUAUCUAUCUAUCUAUCUAUCUAUCUAUCUAUGCAAUUACGUUCAUUAUCAUCUCUAUCUAUCUAUGCAUUAUCUAA